AUGGGCGAAGAACGCCCGAUACCCACUUCCCUCCACAACUCCGACGACGACGGACUUCAGGUCCUUGGCCUGCUAGGGAGCAACCUUACUUCCCCCAAACCAUUGCGGAUCUCAUUGGGAAAUCUGGCAAUUACCAGUAAGCUAUGUGAGAUCUAUCUACAGCAGGUUGAUCCGAUAAUCAAGAUCUUGCAUCGUCCGUCUUUGAGCAAAUGGUUGAUGCUCCAAGGGCAAUAUUUGGCCUAUGCUAAGGGAAACCCGGCGACGGAGGCCCUGGGUGCGGCCGUCUGUUUUGCAGCCAUUAGUAGUAUGACUGAGAGUCAGUGCUCUAUCGUGUUUCACGCCAAAAAGUCAGACUUAGUGAUCGAGUCUCGCGCUACCUGUGAGAUGGCCAUCGGGCGGGCAGGAUUACUUUCCACUCGCGAUAUAACCGUACUCCAGGCUUUUGUCCUAUAUCUGGUACAGAUUUGUCCCCAAAACUUGCGACAGCAACGACUGACCUGCCUCAAGGUAGCAAGAAGAACGGUAGAUCGCACUCAAGCUGUUUGGACCCUGGUUGCUGUAGCGGUGCGAAUCAGCAAAGGUCUCGGUCUCCAUCUAGACCCCGAAAAUGAGACUUUCUUCAAACAGCAAAUGCGAAGACGGCUCUGGUUUACCGUUUGCCUUCUGGACCUGCAGGCUUCAUUUUUCCAAGCUUCCGAGCCCCUUAUUGGAGUCGACGACUCCACGUCCACUGAUCUCCCGCAACACAUCAAUGACCUGGAUUUUGAUCCUACUACCACGUCAAGCGAGCCAAGUCGGAAGGGUCUUACGGACACGACUUUUGCACUCGUAACUUAUCAUGCUCAACAGAUGGGGCGUUUACUUAACUUCGCCAGACAGGAUCGCAAGGCUGAAGCAGAAGACUCAAUCACCACGUCCUCCAGAUAUCACCCCCGCCAUGACGACUCGGAAUUGCCACAGCAAAUGGCGCGGUGUUUUGAAGAGGAAGCACUUCGCCUCCUUCAUUUCUGCGACCCCGAGGCGUCAGCGUAUGCGUGGUUUACCUGGCACGGCACACAAACUCUCAUUAUGACGGCACGACUGGCUGAGAUGCGGCCUCUCCAAAGGUCCGGAAAAUCGCCACCCCCUCGCCGAGAGGGCAAUCCCGACUUGCUGCGUCUCUGCCUUCUUGUUCUGGAGAAAGCAUAUCAGAUGCACACAAAUUUCCGCGCAGAAGGGUUUCGCUGGUACGUAACCAUACCAUGGCAUGCCCUGGCGAUUGCUAUGGCCGAGUGUUAUGUGAGCAGUGACUCGAGCUUAGUGCAACAAGCUUGGCCGUUGGUUGAGAAAUCAUACCUGCACCACGAGGCAACUCAGGGCCAGUCCCCUGAUACCCCUCUUGGACAAUGGAUGCGGCGAACGAGGGAGAAGCUAGCGAUGGCAGGGCCAGUUUCAUUGGGAAAUCCCAUGACACCUGGCCAGAACUCAAUAAAUCCUGUCCCAUCAAGACGGGACCUAUCCCAGAGCUUAAAUGAUAGUCGGAUAGAAUCAGAUCGUACAUGGCCACACACAGGGCCCACCAUGCCAGCGGACCUAGAUUCUUCAUCACUCCUUCCGCUAUCAAAUUGGUGCUCUAUAUCGCCGGCUUUGGAUAACUCGUCACCCUUUGCGGCGCCGCCAACGAUGACGGGCGUUGUCGACGGAAUAGACCCGGGAGCGGAAACCAUGUGGGAAGAGCUGUUCUCGGGCAUGCCAUUCAACGAGAUUGCCGGUCCGGAUAUGUUUUUCUUCGAAUCGGGUCGCUAA